AUGAACUUUUCCCACCAGCUACUAUUCACCAUCUUUCUCAUCUUUACUUCACACCUAGCUACCAUCACUGCUGCUGCUGCUGAUACCAACACCGAAACAACUGGUACGGAAACUACUACUGCUUCGUCAGAAACACCAACUUUGGUAUGGGUCACAGGAACUGACUCAGCCGGAAUAACAAGAACUACACAAUCCACAUUUUACCAAACAUUCCGUCCUUCCUACACUGAAACCGAAACUUAUGCCUCGGGCUCAAUUGGCGUCGGUACCAUCAGCGGAGAAGUGGGAUCGAUAAGAAGCUAUACUGAAACAACCAUAUCUCAAGGUGGUGCAGGUGCAUUAAAGAACCACAUGAAGGCAUUCCAUAUUGGUAAUGCACAAGAAGGUGGUGGAAGCAUGGGCACUAUAACUGUUGCAUUUCUCAUGGGAAUUUUCAUUUCUGCCGUUUUGGUUAUUUAA